AUGAUCAGGAAACGCUACACUCUGAAAGAGCCUGAGGUCAAAGACUAUUUGAUCAAAGGAGAGAGGUUCACCAAAUGGAAAGAGGACUCCUCACGCACUUCGCAUGUCACCAUGAAGAUGGACCCAAAGGGAUUCUACCUGUACUGGAUCAACCAGAGCAAAGAAAUGGAAUUCCUGGACGUUACAACCAUUCGGGACACAAGAACAGGGAAAUAUGCCAAACUGCCCAAACAACCCAAAGUUCGUAAUGUGUUCAACAUGGACUUCCCCGACAGUAAUCACUUGGCCAAAGCCCUGACCAUAGUGUCUGGCCCUGACAUGGUCAAUCUCACCUACCACAACUUCUUUGCAGCCAAAGACAAAGUAGUCCAGAACUGGGCUGAUGACAUCCUGGCCAUUGCCUACAACCCUCAGAGGGCCAAUGUCUGCAGACAAGUCUUUCUAGAUAAACUGUAUGUUCGCCUCUCGCUGCACACCAACAAAGAUGGCAAGAUCCCCGUUAAACAUAUCUAUAAGAUGUUUCCAGCAGACAAGAAAAGAGUGGAGAGUGCACUGGCAGCUGCACACUUCCCCAAAGGAAAGUUUGACCACAUAAAGCCUGAUGCGUUCACUGAAGCUGCAUUCAAGACUUUCCUGUCAAACCUGUGUCCAAGGCCAGAGAUCUAUGAAAUCUUCACCUCCUACUCUGCUAAGCCCUACAUGACAAAGGAGAACUUCACCAAGUUUCUGCAUGAGAAACAGCGGGACUCGCGACUGAAUGAAGAGCUUUACCCUCCACUUAGGCCUGAACAGGUGAAGGCUCUGAUAGACAAGUAUGAGCUGUCCUCCAAUGCUAACCGAGGUCAGAUGUCCCCCGAGGGUCUCCUCUACUUCUUAAUGGGGUCUGAGACGUCACCUGUCGUGUUAGACAAACUGGCCCAGUGUCAUGACAUGAACCAGCCCAUCCCGCACUACUAUGUUAAAUCUUCACACAACACCUAUCUCACUGCUGGUCAGUUCUCUGGUGUCUCCUCUCCGGAGAUGUACAGGCAGUGUCUGCUUGCUGGCUGCCGCUGUCUGGAGCUGGAUUGCUGGAAGGGCAAACCUCCAGAGGAGGAGCCAAUCAUCACCCACGGCUUCACCAUGACAACCGAGAUCCUGUUCAAGGAUGUGAUUGAAGCUAUAGCAGAGAGUGCAUUCAAAACUUCCAAAUAUCCGGUCAUCCUCUCCUUUGAGAACCAUGUGGAUUCAGUGAAGCAGCAAGAGAAGAUGGCUAACUACUGUAAGACAAUAUUUGGAGAUGCUCUACUCACUGAACCCCUGGAGAAGUAUCCAUUGAAGUCAGGCCAACAGAUCCCCAGUCCGGCAGAACUGAUGGGAAAAAUCCUGAUCAAGAACAAGAAGAACAGUGCACCUCAGGCUAAAGCAGGCCAGGCCAAUGUGAAGAAAACCACCAGUCAGGAUCAGCAGCAAGGACCCUGCAGCUCAGCUGAUCCCAACCAGACUGCCCAGACCAAUCAGGAGAGCCAAGGUGAGGUGACUGAGGAGCAAGAAGAGCAAGAGGAGCAAGAUGAGCAAGAUGAGGAGAAGAUGAAGAACUCAGAUGAGGGUACUGCUGGGCAAGAAGUAACAGCAUAUGAGGAGAUGUCUGCGCUUGUCAACUACAUACAGCCAAACAAGUUCAUCACCUUUGAGAAUGCUAAGAAAAAGAACAAGAGCUAUGUGAUCUCCUCUUUUGUGGAAACCAAAGGUGAGAGUCUAAUCAGCAAGACUGCAGUGGAGUUUGUGGAAUAUAACAAGAGACAGAUGAGCCGUAUAUACCCGAAAGGAACACGCAUGGACUCCUCCAACUACAAUCCUCAGCCCUUCUGGAAUGUAGGCUGCCAGAUGGUGGCACUAAACUACCAGACCAUGGAUUUCCCUAUGCAGCUGAACAUGGCACUGUUUGAGUUUAAUGGGAGAACAGGUUUUCUCCUCAAACAUGAUCUGCUGCGGAGAAACGAUAAGAAGUUUGAUCCCUUCACCGACAGGAUUGACACCAUUGUGGCCAACACCCUCACAAUUAAGGUCUACUCAGGCCAGUUCCUGUCUGAUAAGAAUGUCAAGACAGCAGUGGAGGUGGAGAUCAUUGGCUUGCCUGGAGACCCCAAACGCAAAAACCGCACAAAGUGGUCCCCAAUGCCCAACGCCAUCAACCCAGUGUGGAACGAGGAGCCAUUUGUGUUUGAGAAGAUUCUGUGCCCAGACAUGGCUUCUCUCAGGAUAGCAGCCUAUGAGGAAGGAGGGAAAUUCAUUGGUCACAGAAUCAUUCCUAUAGAUGCCAUUCAGUCAGGAUUCCAGCACAUUUGUCUGCGUAGUGAAAGUAACUUGGCUCUGACUCUACCUGCUUUAUUUGUCUACAUUGAGGUGAAGGACUACAUCCCUGCUGCUUUUGCUGAUUUCACAGAUGCUCUCUUUAAUCCAGUGAAGUCCACAAAGCCGGCAAAACAGGAGAGUGCUACUUAUGUAAGCCCAUAUGAGCUGCCUCAUGCAGUAGCACCUGUCCCUGCACCUGCUCCUACCACAGAACCUGAUGCUACUGAUAGUCCAGUAGAGGGCGAUGCUAAGCCUCCAGAUCAAAACGGAACUUCUGCCCCAGACUCAGGCAGCACAGACUCCAGCUCAAUUGCCACAGAGCCCACUGACCCAGAGAAUCAGAGCCAGCCAGCACCACCUAAUCAAGAAGCAGAGCCUCCUGAGAUCCAGCCUAACCCUGAGGAACCUCUAGCCUCUAAUGAGGCUGCUGAAAUCUCUGAAACCUCUGAGGCAGAAGCAGCUGCUGAGUCUACUCCUGGUCCUAAUGGUGAAGUAGAGCAUGUGGUGGAAAUAGAACAAGAAGCACAAGCAGACCCAGCUCCAGACACUGAACAAACUUCUGAACAAGUUCCAGACUCUGAACCAAACCCCAGCGAGCAGCAGGAUGCUGGAGCAGAGUCUGACUCUGUACCUGACUGUGGAUUAGCUGUAGAAGCUGAAGAGGUUCCUGUUCCUGCUGAAAGUUCAGACACCACCACAGCUUUGAAUGCUGCGGAACUGGCCACUGUCACCUGUGAGGAACUGCUGCAGCACAAGAGCUACACAAAGGUUACCAAGAGGCAGGAGAAGGAGAUGAAAGAGCUGGAGAAGAAGUUCCAGAAGAAAGCUGAAGAGCUGAUUCAGAAAUACAGCGAGCUCUUCAAAUCCUUCAAGAAAAAGACUUCCAUCAAGAAGAAAGAGGCAGGAGCCAAGGGGGCAGACACUGGGCCCAAUGCGGAGCGAAUCAGUGAGCUAAAACAGAGGCUGCAGGCAGAGCUUCGAGCAAUGUGGGUGGAGCAAUAUGAUCAGCUGAGGAAGAAGAAAGAACAACAUUCGACUGAGCGUGUGGCCAAGCUGCUGGAGAUGGCUACAGAACGACACUGUAUUGAAAUGAAGGCAGUGAACAGUGAGAAUAAAGAGGGAAAGAAGAAAGAAUCAAAGCAGUCAUGUGCCGAGAAGGGCAGACUGAAGAAAAGCAUGAGUUCUGAUCAGCUUGAUGAGGAUGACACACAGUCCACAGGCAGCAGUGGGAGUCUGGAGCAGGAGCAAAUGCUGAGGAAGAAGCAAGCUUGCACUCUGGCUGAUAUCAGAGCAAUGAGCGGCCAGUUGCAUCAGGAAGCCAUGUCAGAUCAUGCUAAGAGGAUGUGGUCAUUGCCCUGUGACCUCCGGGAGGCUGUCAACGCCUGCGUUAGCCCUCACUUCCCCGAGCAAGUGGAAAAGACUGGGGAAUCCAGGCCGGAGCACGGAUGCCAUGGAGAACACUAUGGCCACGUUUUCCUGGGCUGAUAUCUGCUCUGCUCCUUCAACUGGCUGAAAUUCUCUAGAAGACUGCACUGUAUGAAAUGAUAAAUCAGCUCAACUUAUCAUUGUAAGGUAACUUGGCUUUUUAUAUAGCUUUUUCAGUUAAUUUGACUUGCCAAAGUCGUACCAAAGUUACCUUAUAAUUUUAAGUUGAGCUGACUUUCAUUUUUAAGAGUGUGAGGUACAUUAUUCUUAAGUUUCACUUUACUUGACAAGCAUUAAAUGUGUUAAAGAGAUAGUUUGAUUAAAAAUGAAUUUACACAACAUUUGUAAUUUGACCAGGAGUGCCCAAAGGUUUUCUUAUGACUGUAUGUUUAGGUUAAGAGGAAACUGUGUAAAUUAGAUUUUCAGUCCAGCCAUCACUUUAAUACAGUCUUGGAGAGAAAUGUUCUAUUAACAAUGUGCUACAGUUUCCUCUCAGACAUUUGUUGUGGCAGACACUGUUUGCUUUGGAUGCAGGGCCUCCAAGAUUUGUGACAGCAGAGUUGCUGUAACACAGACUCAAACACUAAACCUAACACUAAACUGCAUCACAGAAAUGUGUCAGUUGUGUUUUUAGCACUUAGGGAAUGAUUGUUACAGAGAUAUACACUGAUCAUCCACUUUAUUAGAAAUGUUAGUAAGUGUCUUUUUUCACAAGUCAUUUUAUGAUGUCCACCUACCUUAUAGGUCAAUGAUAUAUGUGUGCAGUUAGUAAUCGAGUAAACUAUAAAUUAUUUUGACAAUUAAUUUUACACUUAGGUGAUUUCUGAGGCCAGAAUGUUCAGUCACUUAAUAAUUGUGCUGAUAGCUCAGCUAACAGCUCUUGAAGUCCUGACCAACAGGAGAGAUCAUUUAGCUAUAUAUACACCAAACAGAAAAGCAAGUCCUGAUUGGCCAACUUGCCAAUGGACAUUUCAAGAAUUUAACCCUUUUGUUUCCAUCCAAAAUUUCAUUUAACAAUGAAGCAAGAGUAGUACUGUUUUACUGGUGAGUUUAAAUGACUGAGUUUAGAUACAGGCAUGAUUCUAUUGAAUAUAAGUCAAUGAAAAUGACAAAAAUUUUAGAUCAUAAGCCCUUCUCUGAAGGCCCAGAAAGCCUUGAAUGUUCCCCUUUGCAUCUUCUGUGCCUAAAACAACAUACUACUGUACUAUACUUACUAUAAUAAUGAAUACUGCUAAUGGUGCUGUACUAUUAGUCAUGCUCUAUUUAGUGUGGAAGUAGGUGGUUUUGGAUUUGGAGUCUAACAGCUCCCAGGCUCUCUGGAGCUAUGGGGUACAUGUUUCUAAUAAACUGGCCAGUGUGUAUAAUCAAAUGUUCUCCAUUUUAAAAAUUUGUCACUAAUGAAUAACACUGAAUUUAGCAUAAAGAACACAGAUAAAUGCAUUUAGUUGCACUAUUUCACUUUGUACUCAUAUAAAAUGUAAAAAUAUCAGGUUUACAACUAGGCAACUAUGUAUAUCCUAUUUAUUUUAACACAGUUUGAAAAUAAAGUGAUU